AAUGAUCCAAAGGUUAAUGUCUUAUGGGAAAAUGUCAAAUGCAUGUUAAUAAGGUAUGAAAUAUGAGUGAUUUGUUUUAGUACUCUCAAAAUCACUGAAUAAAACAUCCAAAAGCUAUUUUAGUCAGGCACCUUAAUAAGGUUCUUCAAACACUGAGCUUGUGAAAAUUUUUGCAGCAUUUUUCGGUAUAGUAGGUUUGGGUACUGGGGGAUAUGUUGCUUAUUAAAAUUCUCAAUAAUAAAAGAAGCAAGAAGCAAAAGCAAAACAGACUCAUAUAUCAAAUUAAACAAUUGACAAUUUGAGGCAAAAAUCAAUUGAAAAUGAAGAGUAAAAAAAGGAAGAAAUCAUUACCAUGUUUUCAGAUGUUAAUGAUAGAAUGCUCCGAUAUAGAGGAGAUCCAACAAGUGAGAAAAUGCUUGUAUUUACAUAAUACUAUUCAAAUUAUAGGCUGAUUAUACAAUUUAUGGAGACUUGAAAUGGUUUGAAGUAGAUCCUGAAGAAUGGGAGAAACCAGAAGAGGAAAUGAUAAUGAAGGAUGAGAAUGAAAUUGUUAAACAUCCAAUUAGAAGGGCUUUGAUAAAUGAAAGACUCACUCAUGCUUUUGAAGCUGAAAGGUACUCAAUAUUUUUAAUUUCAAAGAAUAUUGUAAAGUAUUUUUGUAAAUGUAAAUGAUGUACUUUCAGAAAUUGAAAGGACUGGAACAUAUACUCCCCCUGGCAUCUUCUUUAGGUUUUAUGGUUACGUGUACUUCCAAAUCAGAAGAAAACCAAUUAAUAUUGAAAAUUUGGUUAAGGCCUAAAAAUAUAUUUCUGUAUUUAUUAAUCUUAAUCAUAGCUAUUUGAUUUAUUCUUCUAAUACUAAACACCUGUUCUAUAUUAUCACAAUUAAUAUCUUGAAAUACCCUUAAAACCUGCUAUUUUUGAUGUAAAUAACAAAAGUAUUUAUUUAAGAACAUAGAUUGGCUACCAAAUGCUUAUAUUAAUUCUAAAUAACAGGCUAAAAUUUACCUAACUGGUAAACCAAAGCACGUUUUUUCUAUGAGAAUCAAAUAAGGAACAGUUGAUGAAUCUACUCAAAGAUUUGCAUGGACAAACCAUUACAAAUGAA